AUGUCGUCUUCUUCUCACUCACAAUCUUCUCCAUCCAACUUCAUAUGCCAUUGCGGGGAAAGAACUCAACUGCGCAUUUCGAAGACGAGCUUAAAUCCCGGGAAGAAGUUCCACGGCUGUAUCAAUUGGAGAGAUGGUGGGUGCAAUUUCUUCAAAUGGUCUGAAAAUCCAUCAACCACCCGCUCGCAAGUUUCGUCGGAUUCAAUCUUGGAAUUGGAGCGGAAGUUUUCUGUGAUUGACGAGCAUAAAACAUCAAUGGUGGAGCUUCAGAGGAAGAUUAUGGUUCUUGAAGAAGAAUUGCAGUCCUUGAAGAAAUUGAACAAUGCUCAUUUAUCAUCUGCUAUGAAGAAAAUAAGACGUCUGGAAUUUGUUGUUGGUAUCACUUGGUUGAUCUGUUUUAUUGUUGUUGUAAUGAGGUUGUGA